AUGUCUGUUUACUUUCACGAACCUUUCUACAACUUCGACCGUCUCUUCGAAGCAUUCACUCGUCCUGCCGGCCAACUACUACAGGCCACGCAAGACACUGCAAUGUCCAUCUUGAGGCCAAUAAUGGAUCUCCACGAAGACAUCACUAACAACACCGUGACUGCGACGCUGGAGUUACCUGGCCUCAAGAAGGAGGAUGUUCAUAUUGAUGUGCAUGGCGGCCGUCUGACUAUUUCGGGGGAGAGAAAAUUCUCAUCUGAAAGGGAGGACAACGGUUAUGCCGUCCGCGAGCGCAAGUAUGGCAAGUUCUCGAGGAUAUUGAGGGUGCCUCAGGGAGUGAAGGAAAACGAGAUCAAAGCAUCCCUUGCAGACGGUUUGUUGACAGUAACAUUCCCCAAGGCUGCUCCCGAGACGACGCCAACGAAGAUUACAAUUUCUUGA